CGUCCGAAUUGUGAAGCAGGAAUACUCGUCGAGUUACACGCGAGCGCGGCACGUCCUACAGAUGUUCGCGCUAUGACGGUCCUGCGUUGGACGCGCGGUGUCGAGAAGAUUAUUAGCGUGCGUGCGAGGAGAGAUCCGUUCCACGAGAGCGCUCGACGGUAACGGUUAACCGGCAGACAUGAGGACCGAGGUGUCCUGGAAGCGGCGGUUACUUCGACAGAAGCUCAAAUACGCCCUGGUGUGCGUCUUUGUGGUCGCCGUGGUAUUUGUGCUCCAUCAGCUGUCUUACUUCAAGGAGUUGAAUCGGGAACCCAUGGGUAAAUUGAUCUCUGGCUCGGUGCAGGACACUCACCGCUUGGUCAUCGGCAAACGGUCCUCCAAGUGGGAACAACCGCACCACUCGAAGCUUAUACGUGACAAGAACGGACGAACCGUGUCUUUGCGUGGUACACGAGACCAGGAUAUUGCCAAGUACCUUCCCAAUGUUAACGGAAAAUUUGUGUGUUUUAUCUCCAGAAAGGAAGUCGACUUUGUUAGAGUCAAUGAUAACUACUGUGAUUGUCCGGUGGAUGGUAGCGAUGAACCAGGUACCAAUGCUUGCAACAAUGGCUUCUUUUAUUGUGAGACUUCUUCAAGUUCAAGAAAGUCAGCAGCAAAAAUACCAUCAUACAAGGUCAAUGAUGGAUAUUGUGAUUGUUGUGAUGGUUCUGACGAAUGGACUGAAGCAGCAAUAUUGUAUGAACUCAAUAAAUUAGGAGUAACUUUCCAUGGACCUAAAUGUCCAAAUAAAUGUUAGUGAAGAAGAUAAACUCUAAUUAAAACGGAAGCGUUGUUAUUUCUUGUAUGGAUUUAUGCGUCAUAACAGGAACAGCAACAACCAAAUAUAAAUUAUAGAUAAAUA